AUCUGAACGCGAUCACACCAGACUCUGAUUUUUUGACUUCUCUCUUCACUGAGCUGAGGCCCAUCUGUAAUCACAGCAUGACAAGCUACACAGAUAAAGGUGAAAAGCAUGCAAAGGGAAGGUUUGUCAGGUUUCAUCAUGUCACUUUCUGGGUUGGCAACGCUAAGCAGGCGUCGUCGUUCUACUGUGAUAAGAUGGGCUUCGAGCCUCUGGCCUACAAGGGUUUGGAGACUGGCAGCCGAGAGGUGGUGUCUCAUGCCAUCAGACAGGAUAAGAUAAUCUUUGUGUUUGAAUCUCCACUAAAUCCUGAAAACGAAGAAAUGGGGGAACACUUGAUUAAGCAUGGCGAUGGGGUCAAAGACAUCGCUUUCCAAGUAGAAGACUGUGACUUCUUAGUCAAGACAGCUAAGGAGCGAGGAGCUGUGAUCAUGAAGGAGCCCUGGGUGGAACAGGACAGCCAUGGGAGGGUCAAAUAUGCUGUGAUUCAAACGUAUGGAGAUACAACUCACACACUCAUUGAGUUCCUUGGAUCCUAUAAAGGCCUUUUCCUGCCAAACUACAAAGAGCCUCUGUUCUGGGAUCCCUUGUUAUCCAAACUUCCGCCUGCAGGUUUGAGCUUCAUCGAUCACAUUGUGGGAAACCAGCCAGAUGAUGAAAUGGUGCCAAUUUCAGACUGGUAUCAGAGGUGUCUGAUGUUCCACCGGUUCUGGUCCAUAGACGACAAGCAGAUUCACACACAGUACAGUGCACUGAGGUCCAUUGUGGUCACAAACUAUGAAGAAACAAUUAAGAUGCCAAUCAAUGAACCUGCUGUGGGGAAAAAGAAGUCACAGAUCCAGGAAUAUGUGGACUACAAUGGGGGACCUGGUGUUCAGCACAUCGCCCUCAACACAUCAAACAUUAUCGAGGCUAUUGUCAACCUGCGUGAACGAGGAAUGGAGUUCCUCUCAGCACCUGACACGUACUACAAAACCCUGCGGGAGAAACUCAAAACUGCCAAAAUUACGGUGAAAGAGGACCUCGACCGUUUGCAGGAGCUGAAAAUCUUAGUUGAUUUCGACGACAAGGGUUACCUCCUUCAGAUCUUCACCAAACCCAUGCAGGACAGACCAACACUUUUCCUGGAGGUCAUACAGAGGAAUAACCACUUUGGCUUUGGGGCAGGAAACUUCAAGUCUCUCUUUGAGGCCAUUGAGAAGGACCAAGAUGCCAGGGGCAACCUCACUGUGCUGACACCCAAAGGGCAAACCAAAGCAUUUUAGUGAUCCUCUGACUACUGCUGCCAAACCACACUGGGACUCCACAAGGCUUUAUGUCUGUGGGCUACUCUUCAGAAGCGAUCAACAACACUCACCACUACAGCAGUAGCUGUGUCAAACACAUUUAAGUGUAGAAUAUCUUCAUGUGACAAGCUGCAAGGGUUAUCGGUCAUGGGGCAAACUAUCUGUAGAUUGCACCGUUUGGUUAAAUAAAGAAACUAGUAGUUAUCUGCAUUGACAUGUAAGUUUAAGGAAGGUUUAGAUAUCAAAAGAAUAAUUGGCACUUAUUUCUCUUUUUCAGAAGAGAUCUGAGAAGAUUUACACCAGACCUAUGAGUAUACGAUUAACCUGAAGCGGAAACUUAGCUUAGCUUUGAGCAGAGUCAACAUCCAUACAGAAAGAGAUAUUUCAUUUGUGUAAUCCCUAAACAAAUCCCUAAACAUAACAAAUUAUAAACCCAUGAUGACAAGAAGAGAAUAUAUUUGGAAGAAAUAACCCAACAUUUCUAAUAAAGCAUGAACAGUA